AUGUCGAAUACAGAAAAGCAGCAGGCUGGACGAGGCGAUGUCGAGGAUGAUGAUGAGCCUGAUGAGUGGGACAAGAGGAUUUUCAGCACGGGCUGCGCAGACGAGAACACGACACUCAAUGAUUGUUUCCGCGAGAAGAAGGACUGGAGGGCGUGCAAAGAUGAGAUGGAGGCGUUCAAGCAAUGCUGGAAGAGGGCGGGCAAUGAGAACAGGACGGCGCAGAAAGACGCGUGA